AUGGGAGCCCGGGUCUGGGCGGCCCCGGCCGGGCGGCGGCCGCUCCUGGUGAGCGCGGCCCCUUUUCCGGGUUUUCUCCUCCUCCUCCUCCUCCUCUUUCGUCGCCGCCGCCGCCGCUGCCCCUUUCCCGGCUGGCGGCUGCUGCUGCUGGUGUGGCCGCAGCUGCCCCCGCCGCCUCGGGGCCGCGAGCCGAGCGGAGGCCGCCGCGGAGCACGAACGCCGCCCGCCCCGCCGCCUCGCCGUCCCGCGGGCCGUUCUAGGACCGGGCCGGCUCGGCCGGCGCCCCCCGCGCCCCCAGUCCGCCCGCCCCCGCGGGCCCGGCCUGGCGCUGCCGCCCUCCGCCGCGCUCCUCCGCCGCCUCCUCCAGCGCCCUGCGGCCCGCCGUCUCCUCCGCCCGCCGCCCCGCGCCCCCAGCCGCGCCGCCGCCGCCCUCUGCACCCCGCGGCGCCCCCCGGUCCCACCCGCCAUGCCCGGCCCGGCCGCGGGCAGCAGGGCCCGGGUCUACGCCGAGGUGAACAGCCUGCGGAGCCGCGAGUACUGGGACUACGAGGCUUACGUCCCAAGCUGGGGGGCGAGUGUGAGGCGCGGGGCCAAGAGCUGGCGCGGCCGCGGGGCGCGCGAGGAUCCACCGACCGGACGCCCGAUGGUCCCGAGACUGAGCCAGAGCCGGAGCGGGAGCCGGUCCGCUACGUCCGGUUGGAGAGGCCUCAGGGCAGCCAGCAGCGGCAGCAGCGGCUUCCCCUUCGGCUACACCCACUUACUACCAGCUCAUCAAUGAAGGGCGUGUUGAAGGCCAGUUUUACUGGAAUGGACAGACCAUACCCCUCGUGGGUGGCUACCAGGCCUAUGCGGCGGCACCUAUGCCCACCCCAGCAAAGGUGGAAGAGAAGCCACUCCCCAGGCGGGCUCCGAAGAAACCUCAUAGUUCUCAAGACUCUGAUGAAGAACAGGGUUGCUCCCCGCCACAAAUUAGGCGGCUGGAACCUAGUGCGAAGAAGACGACCACACAGAAGCUUGGUGGCAGAGCCAUGUCUAUAAGAAGGGCACAGCGUUAACAGUCAACAUGCAGUGGUCCCACUUCCCAACCCCACCACCACCUCCCACCCCAUAUUAACUGUAAUUUUGUAAGAAGAGUGACUUGGUUUAAUAAAUUUCUCAUUAUUGUAAUAAA